ACACACGCGCGCACACACAUCAGUACUGUUUGUGCUGCUGUGCACAAGUUAAUGUGUGUACGGUAACGUCCGGCCCGGAGCGCUUUCCCUGCGGUUCCCCAGCGUCUGCUACAAUGAGCGAGUACUUCAGCCUGUCGGACAGUGAUGUUAUCGGCUUCGACCUGGACCACACGCUCUGCCGCUACCAUCUGAAGGAGACCUCCAGGCUGAUCUAUGAGAGCUUUGCCAGGUAUCUGGUGGAGCAUAAAGGAUAUGACAAGGACCUUCUGAACCUGACCCCUGCUACCUGGGAUUUCUGUUUUAAAGGACUAGUGGUGGAUCUGGAGGAUGGAAACCUUGUGAAGCUGGCUGAAGAUGGAACUGUCUUGCGAGCCACACAUGGAACCAAUGACCUCAGCACAGAAGACAUCAUCAAACAUUAUGGUCCAAAAAGGGAGUGGAAACACUUCAACAGCCUCAACAGCUCCUUCACAAGAUCUGCAAAAUACUAUUUCUAUGACAACUACUUUGAUCUACCUGGUGCUCUGCUCUGUGGAAGAGUUGUGGACAUGUUGCACAAGAGAGGAAAUGAGGUGAAUUCUGACUUUUGGAAAGACAUGGUUGCUGCCAUUGACCACAAUUACAACACAUCUGCAUUCAAAGAGGAUGCAGGGACGUACUUCCCAAGUGUGAAGAGAGACCCUGGCCGGUACCUGCAGCCCUGUUCUGACUCUGUCAAGACCUGGCUGCGCAGCAUGAAGAAUGCUGGGAAGGUCCUUCUCCUCAUCACCAGCUCCCACAGCGACUACUGCAGGCUCAUCUGUGAACAGAUCCUUGGGAAGGAUUUUGAAGAACUAUUUGAUGUCAUCAUCACAAACGCCCUGAAGCCUGGUUUCUUCUCCUUGGUGCCCCAGCAGAGGCCCUUUAGGACCCUUGUGAACGACGUGGAGGAGAGUGAGGGGCUGCCAUCACUGGACAAACCCGGCUGGUACUCCCAGGGCAACUGGCCACACCUCCACGAGCUGCUCAAGACCAUGACGGGCAAAUCCGAGCCAAAGGUCGUGUAUUUCGGAGAUAGCAUGAGGUCGGACAUGUUUCCUGCCAGCAGCUUUGGGAAGUUGGAGACAGUGAUGGUUGUGGAGGAAAUGGAGGGGGAGGGCGUCCCGAAGAGUGAUGCCGCGAUGUCCAAUGAGGCUCAAGUGGAGCCGUUAGAGAAAAAGGGAAAGUUUGAGGAGCAGGGCAUGAAGUCACCCUCUGAUGUGUCCAAGCAGUGGGGCUCCUACUUUGUCGACAUACAUAGAAGCGGAGGUGGGGAUGAGGAGAGCCAAAAAGUGACCUGGUGCUGCCACUGCAUUCACAAAUACAGCGCCAUGGCCAUCCCAAGUGUUGAGCACAUAGCAGAUCUCCCUCUGGAUUACAAGUUCCCCAGGUUUUCUCCCGACAAGCCCUGCACCACCGGCUACUACCCCAGGCCUCCGGAUUCUUUGCUGAAGAGGUGCGAGAAUCUGGAGUAAAAAAAGAGAGAGAGGGAAAGAGAGAAAAAGUUAAAAAAAAAAAAAAAAAAGAGGAAAAAAAAGAAAAAACAAGAAAAAGUCCUCCCUUAUCCGUCUGCCUCAGGAGAGGAAUGUGCCUCCAUUUUUGCCUGUAGUUUCCCACCUGACCCCGCCACCAUCUGUGGAGCACAGGAAGCAUACACUCCUCACCCAUUCAGAGAAACCAUGUGAAUGUAAACCACAGUAUCUCUCUGUAAUAACGCCUACAUCUGAACGUUGUUUUGUGGAUUAGUGUACCGUACACGUGGAAAUAAGACAAAAUAAGUGUGUGUGCGUGUAUGCGUGUGUGUGCGUGUGUGUGUGUGUGUGUGUGCGCGCGCGUGCGUGUGUGUACGCGUGUCUGCAUACAGUAAUAAUAGGAAAUAUGAAGUGUUUAAAUUGUUUCAUGUGUGAGGCCCUUAUUAUUUUCUAUGGUAGAUUGUUUCUUUGAAGUUUUCCAAAGUAAAGUGAAAAUUUUACUGUCUCCUUAUUCCUGAAGUGAUUUCUUUAGUGUCAUCUACUGUACACAGUGCCCAGGUGGUCACAGAGUGUUUGUCCCUAAAAUUCUUUGGAGUCAUUGUGCCAGUAUUUCUGUAAAACACUGUUAUUGUGAUAUCCUCUGUUUUUUUAAAUAUAGUUUUAAUGUAUGCAUUUUAGUAGCCUUAACAUUAGGUUCAAGGUCUACUGUUUCCCCUGUGUCAGUUUGGAGAAGGUGUUUAUCUCCAGGUCAUUGUUGCUAAAUAACUGGCACAAUGCUGUCCUCUGUGUUGGCUGUCUCAAAAAACACAACUUUGGGAAACACCUAAUGAUAAUAACAGAUAAUGAAAACUAUGCUAGAUGUUUUUUGUAUUAUUUUUGGUGCAACAGUGACAUGUGCUAUUUGAGUGAUUGUGUAAAAACGUGGACUACUUGUGCUUCAUUCAUAUGCAGUACCAGACUGAGAGAUGCUUUACCGACUUCUGAAUGGUUAUUUUGUCGGUUUGAAUAGACAAGUUGUGCCAUAAAAUUUUCAGUUUGGGAAAAGUUUGCUUGUUCCUCUCAGAUUACCAAAGAUUGAUUUCAGAUUUAUCUCUGUGCAUCCGGGAAGUGGUUAGCUUAGCUUAGCACAAAGACAGGACCAACAAGUCCAAAUUAUAUUUGGUCUGACACAAUCCUUGGGUCUAUUCUGAUCAAGUCUGAAUAUACCCAAGACACACUUGGUCUCUUAUUGUGAACAUGAAUUCAUACAAGCCAUGUUUGGAUAAGUUUUCUAUGGCAACAGGGCAGGGAGAGAUCAUUUAAGAUCAUGCUAAGAGUCAAGUUUGAAUAAAUUAUGACUAAUAGGUUAUCAUUUUGAAUUAAUAAUAUAAUGAAUAAGAGCAGCUUUAACUUGGUCAGUGAAUUCUUCCAUGUUACUUCUCUGAUGGCUUUGUGUCACAUGUUCAGGACAAAACUAGUUUACUCACUUUUGCAUUAGAAGAAGUAGAAUUGGCAUACUUUGCUAAUUGGCCAUAAAACAGUGAACAUGCAUUUUACAAACGCUGUCCACAAAGUCCCAAAGUAGGCCUGUUGUGCAUAUUCACUGUGAAUUUCAGUUUCAGAGAGAUCAUAACAAAUACAUACAUUUGUUCCAUGACUGAAUUUUGAAUCAAAGGUGUCAGCCCUACAGUGUACGGUUACUACAGCCAUCUGUUGUUGAUCACACGUUAAAAAAUCCUAAAUGAACAAACACACAAUGGAUAAUUUGUUGUUCUACAUACACAACAUACAAAAUGUGAAUAAAACUCUUUUUAUAUGUGUGCUAAACUUGGCUAAACCACCAGACAAAUCUCUGUUAAAUGCAUAAAGAUGAUACUGGUUUCAAUCUUCCCAUCAGGCUCUGAGUAAGUAAUCAAACAAGAGGAUUUCCAAAAUAUCCUUUUACAUGACCAUCAUCUCACAAAGGAAGAGAAAAUAUUUUGACAAAUAGCAGCAAAUAGCUGUCAGCAUGUGAGAUUGGUCA